CGCGGAUACGAAAGCCUGUUGAUCCAUUUUAGGUUUUUUUUUUUUUUUUGCAUCGAAAAUUUCUUGGACAACGCAAAGUCGCUCGUUUGUUAAACUGGAUUUUCGAUUCGGAAUUUGUCAUGUAUAACGAUAAACGACAAACACAAGAAGGGAUAUCUGUUUCUCGACCUUAGUUAGUUUGUUUUGCGGUCUGGGAACGGUAGCUAAUUCGGGACAAGUUCGAAAUCUAACAACAGUUUUGGGACGAGCUGAUAAAGACGCGACCAUGGACUGGGGAACAGAGCUCUGGGACCAAAAUGAUGUCAUUGAGAAGCACACGCUGUCAGGGCUGGACCUGGUGGAUAAAUACAUUAAGUUUGUGAAGGAGCGCACAGAGAUCGAGCAAAGCUACGCCAAGCAGCUGAGGAAUCUAACGAAGAAGUACAGCCCUAAACGAGGCAGCAAGGAGGAGCAGGAAUGCAGGUUUUCGAACCACCAGUCCUUCCUGGACAUUCUUAACGAGAUGAAUGACUACGCGGGACAGAGGGAGCUGAUCGCUGAGAACAUGAUGAUGAACAUCUGCAUCGAGCUCAGCAAAUACCUGCAGGAGCUCAAACUGGAGCGCAAGGCGCACCUGUCAGAUGCCAAAAAGGCUCAGCAGACGUUGGAGAGCACGUACAAGCAGCUCGACUGUAGUAAAAAGCGCUUCGAGAGGGAGUGGAAGGAGGCGGAGAAGACGGCGCAGUAUGCAGAGAAAACCGAUCAGGACAUCAACGCUACAAAAGCAGAUGUGGAAAAGGCUAAACAGCAGGCUCAUAUGCGUGCACACAUCGCAGAAGAAUGUAAGAAUGACUACGCUGCCCAGCUGCAGAAAUACAACAAGGAGCAGAACCAGUUCUAUUUCACCGACAUGCCGCAGAUAUUUAAUAAGCUGCAGGACAUGGAUGAAAGGCGUGUGCGGAAGCUAUCACAAGCCUACAUCCUGUUUGCCGACACGGAAAGGCAGGUCAUGCCCAUCAUCGGGAAGUGCCUGGAGGGCAUCGCCAGAGCCGGCACCAAUGUUAAUGAGAAGAACGAUUCCAUGGUCCUCAUAGAGCAGCACAAAUCAGGUUUUGAGCGUCCUGGCGAUCUGGAGUUUGAGGACUACAGCCAGGGCAUCAACCGGGCCUCAUCUGACAGCAGCCUGGGCACGCCCAAAGGUCCACUGGAUCUGCUGGGCAAAAACAAGAGCAAACCUUUCUGGCUGUUCAGCAAGAAGAGCAAGCCUUCCUCCUCCUCCCCGCUCGCGCCCUUCUCCACACCCCCCGCCCCCUCACCCGCUAACGGACCCCCUUCCCCCAAGUUUGCCCGGGAUCCCCUGUCGUACUGUUUGAAGGAGAUCAAUAAGACAGUCAAGCCACGAAUCUCGUCCUUCCGGACCCUCCGCAGAACGAAAUAUACCCUGGAGAGGAUCACGCCGGCUGCCACUGAGGAUUUUGGUCAUCUUCCCCCGGAGCAGAGGAGGAAACGGCUGCAACAGAAGAUCGAUGACAUCAGCAAGGAGCUGCAGAAGGAACUAGAUCAAAGCGAGGCUCUGGGGAAGAUGAAAGACGUUUAUGAGAAAAAUCCCCAGAUGGGCGAUCCUGCUAGUCUGGCACCACAAAUCACCCAGACAACUAACAACAUCGAAAAGCUCAGAGGGGAACUUAACAAAUACGAGUCAUGGCUCGCAGGAGCCGGGGGAAGAGGAGACGCCACUCUUCGUUACUCCACUCACUCCCUAAACAACAAUGGUGGCCACAAUGCAUACAGUCCUGAUGGCGCUCAUUCGGAUGAGAGCACCCCCGACCCCUCUCAGGCCAUCUACGCUGAGUUUGAUGAUGAAUUUGAGGAAGAAGAGCUCUCCUCUCCCAUCGGCCAGUGCACAGCUCUGUACAACUUCCCAGGUUCUAGCGAGGGCACGAUCUCCAUGCAGGAGGGCGAGGUGUUUGCCGUGGUGGAGGAGGACAAAGGUGACGGAUGGACACGAGUGAGGCGAAACAACGGAGACGAAGGAUACAUCCCCACCUCCUACGCCAACAUCACACUCAACAAGUGACCCAGACAGCGCCGUCCCUGACACGAGGAGCAACUCCCCACCAUCACGGCAUAUCAUUUGGCACAGAAGACUGCCGCGAGAGCAACAAAAGAGAGAGAGAGAGAGAGAGAGAGAGAGAGAGAGAAACAUGCUAUGUGUCUGACAGAUUCCCAUCAGGUCAGCCAGAAAGAGCAUGAGAAUGUUGUUAGCGUUUUUUUUUUUUUUGGUUUUGUUUUGUGUUUUUUUUUGUUUGUUUGUUUUCCCCAUCCUCCUCCUCCUCCUCCUCCUGCUCCUCCUUGUCUGGACGCGGUGAGCGUGUGUAUUUGCUUGAGAUGCUGUUCGGGUCUCGCUCGGCCUGUGAGACAUCAGCCGUCUGCCAUCAUCAAAUAAAGACAAACCACAGGGGAGAAUGUUCGAGUGUCGUCGUAGCCGAGCAGGACGUACGCGUUACAACACACAGGUUUUUUUGCCAAGUGUGUAUGUGGAGAGAAUGGAAAGACAGUGAAAUGUCGUCUGGUGCUUCCAGGACUAGGAAAGUAAUUAACCCUAACACUUGCUUCUCUCCGUCCUGAUCAGAAGCCUGUUAUUCCUCGGCCUUCAUGUUUAAACUUUUCCUUUUAACGGACCGCGCACAGACCGACGAGCACCGAUCCUUUCGCAAACGCUUGCCUGUAUGUGCAUUUAUAACGGAACGAGCGCGUGUAUGUGUGUUGGAAAGAGCCAGCUGUAUGAACCAGUUAAUAUGGUUUAACCUUUUGUUUUUAGAAAUCUAGAAAAGAAAAAAAAAAAAAAAACCUAUUUUGUUCUGAAAUUGCAACGCUACACACUCUGCAGUACAAAACGUUUAAGACAAUCAUCAUAGACAGGUAUACGUAGAAUUUAAAGACUGCUUACUACAAACCCUGGCUGCAUAUUACACCAAUACGAUAAUGUUUGAAAGAUCAUAAUUUAUUGUUUGUGUGGUCACAUUUGCACGAGAUGUCACUGCACACACUGCAAAAAUCACACGAACACAGUUUAUCGUCCGCUAAGGUCUAAAUAAAAAAAGAAAACUAUAAAAAAAAAAAAAAGAAAAGAUGUGCCACAUUUAAGACCUCCAUAUUUAUAUACGUAUAAGAAAUCAUAUAUUUUAGAUAUCGCAGCACCACUUUUAUCUUUAAUAGUUUUUUUUUUGUUUGUUUUUUUUAUGCUUAAGGAAUAAAUAUCGUGUAGUCUAAGCUAGUUAAAGGUGAGCAAAACGAUCCGAGGUGAUUUAGCCGCGUCUGCGAAGUCUCGAAUCUCGUGCACGGUUUCCACGGUUACGUUGUCGUGUCUUCUCGAAUGUUUUGUCUCUGUUCCUCUAGGACAGGAAAAGCUUCAUCCGGUAGUUUCCUUUACGAGUUGUCUGUUACAGGCCUACUGCUGGUCAUGUGACUGGUCACAUGGUGUGCUGUGGCACCAUUCACUUUGGAAAAGAGGAGUUUAUCCAGGACAUUGACAGCCAUUUAUCAGCCAUUGCUUCUGGUCUCCUUUUGUGUGAAACUUCUUGAGGUAGUCUUUACUUUCUUUAAUACUUUCUUUAAUUGGAACACUCAAUUAUGGCACAUAUGGCAGGUUCAUGAUGAUGAUGAUAAUAUCUAUAUAAUAUUAGAUAUCUAAGAAAUAUUGACUUAAAACACCUGGAAUGUUUUACUGAUUAUUAUUGGGGAGGGGAGGGGGGAAUGAUAUUGGUAUUGAAUGUUUACAAGGAGAAUAAACAAUUAAGAACAUGUGUAAUGUUCUUAAUUUAAACAUCAUUAUUAUUUAUUAACAUAAUUAUUACACUGUACCAAUAUAAUGAGUCUAGCAGGAUCGGCAUAUCUCAGGCUGUGAGCUCUGCUGAUUUUUAUGACUGAUACCGGAAGAAGAGAGGAAAGCCAGAUCUAGUCAUAGUGGUUCAUAAACUCCCUCUGCUGGCGAGGAAGGGAACUGUGGCAUCUGUAGAUUCCUUCAUAGAGAGACCAGUGACCCAGUGGAAUUACUGGAAUUCUUCUUAGCUUGUGCAGAUGCAAAAUAACUGAGAAAUGCGAAUGCUGAUCAUGCCAGUGAUUUAAAAAAAAUAAAAAAUCAUGCCAAAACUA